UUCGAGAAAUGUUGUAUGCACCAAAAAAACAAAAGUCGUCAAAUUCAGUAAACAACAAAAACGAAGGUUUGAUCGUUUGAUUUGAAAUUCCCAGCUUCGAAUUCUCAGCAAAAUCGCCAUGUUUGCGAAGCGUCUGUUGCAGAAAGCUGCACAUCAUUCUCAGAAAAAUGUGCAUAGCAAUGUGAUGUUACCAAACUUGGAUGUGCAAAUUGCUAUUCAUUAUGGUAUCCCAUCUACUGCAUCAGUUCUUGCGUUUGACCCCAUUCAGAGCCUAUUGGCCAUUGGAACACUGGAUGGUAGGAUAAAAGUGAUUGGUGGUGAUAAUAUUGAAGCUCUUCUGAUUUCCCCAAAGCAUUUGCCUUACAAAUACUUAGAGUUUCUCCAAAACCAAGGCCUUUUAGUCAGCAUCUCAAAUGAUAAUGAUAUUCAGGUUUGGAAUCUGGAGAGCAGGUGUAUUGCUGGUAGUUUACAAUGGGAAUACAAUAUAACUGCUUUCUCUGUAAUCUAUGCCUCCCACUUCAUGUAUAUUGGAGACGAGUAUGGGACGAUGUCUGUUUUGAAGUAUCAAACUGGGGGUGCAGAGCUUUUGCAAUUACCAUAUCAUAUAUCUGCGGAUUACCUAACAGAAGCAGCUGGGUUGUCAGUUCCUAAUCACCACCCAAUUGUUGGAGUUCUUCCUCAACCUUGUUCUUCUGGGAAGAGUGUUCUGAUUGCAUAUGCUAGUGGUUUGUUUAUUCUUUGGGAUGUCAUUGAAGCACGGAUUCUAGUCGUUAGAGGAGAUAAAGUUCUUGAAUUGAAGGAUGGAGUUGUUGAUUCUCCUAGUGAAGUGCGUACUGACCUUCCAGGUGAUGCAUCUGAACAACAUUUGGAGGAGAAAGAGAUAAGUGCACUUUGUUGGGCAUCUUCCAGUGGGUCCAUUCUCGCUGUGGGAUACAUUGAUGGAGAUAUAUUGUUCUGGAAAACAACCAGUGCUGCCACUAGUAAAGGCAAACAAGCUGGCUUAUCAUGCAACAAUGUUGUUAAGAUACAAUUAUCUUCUGCUGAAAGGAAGCUCCCUGUCAUUGUCUUACAAUGGUCUGCAAACAGUAAAUCCCAUAAUGAUUGUGAUGGCCAACUUUUCAUAUAUGGUGGCUGUGAGAUAGGAUCUGAAGAAGUUUUAACGGUUUUGAGUCUUGAAUGGUCAUCAGGGAUGGAGACUUUAAGAUGUGUUGGUCGGGUGGACCUUACACUGGAUGGUUCAUUCGCAGACAUGAUUUUGUUACCUACUGCUGGGACAAUGGGGAAUAAUCACAAUACUGCCUUAUUUGUAUUGACAAAUCCUGGACAACUGCAUUUUUUCGAUGAUUCUAGAUUGUCUGCCUCAUUAUCUCAGCAAGAGAAAAGAAUCUCUCUCUCCGUUGUUGAAUUUCCUGUGGUAGUACCUGCAGCUGACAUGAGAGUGGCAAAGCUCAGUGUUUUACCCCCAGGUGGGAACUCAUCCGAUGUUCUGUCAAAGAUAGCAUCACUUGAGAAAUCUGGUUCAACUCCAACAUUGACUGGGGGCUUGAGGUGGCCCUUGACUGGAGGCAUAUCUAAUAGAUCGUUGUUUACAGAGAAUAACAGGGUUGAGAGAGUAUAUGUGGCAGGUUGUCAAGAUGGAUCUGUUCGCAUAUGGGAUGCUACUUAUCCAGUCUUAUCACUUAUUUGUGUUUUAGAAAGUGAGGUCAAAGGUAUGACAGUGGCAGGUUCAAGUGCUUCAGUAUCAGCAGUUGACUUCUGCUCUCUCAAUUUAAGUUUAGCUGUUGGCAAUGAAUGUGGUCUGGUUCGUAUCUAUAACCUCAAUGGCAGUUUGGAUGAGACGAGCUUUCACUUUGUUAUGGAAACUAAACAUGAAGUUCACAAUUUGUCCCAAGGAAAAGGACCUUGUUGUCGAGCUGUGUUUAGCCUUCUCAAUUUCCCAGUUCAAGCAUUGCAAUUUACAAGUUGUGGAGCCAAACUUGCUGCAGGUUAUGAUUGUGGUCGUGUUGCAGUGCUUGAUAUGAGGUCAUUAUCAGUUUUGUGUUUAACAGACAGUGUGUCUGCCCCUAGCUCACCAGUUAUUUCGGUGACAUGGAAAACAGUUGCAAACACUAAUGGUCAUGUUAGAAGCCCAAAGAACUCAGGAUCAAAUAUUGCAGACAACCCUGUAGAGGAACUAAUAUUCGUAUUAACAAAGGAUGCAAAAGUUUAUAUCAUUAAUGGUGGUAGUGGUAUCAUGAUCAGCUCUCGGCCAAUGCACUUAAAAAAGGACUCCACAGCAAUUUCCAUGUAUGUUAUAGAGGGCAAUGUAGCAGUCUCUGGUUUAUCCAAUAAAAAGCAACCACAGAAGGAUGCUGAUGCCAGGAAUGAGACUUCUCAAGACACUACUUCCAGUGGCAUUGAUAAACAUGAAAACGAUUCUCUUGCUUUGUUUUGUUGCAAGGAUACACUGCGAUUAUACCAUACGAAGUCUGUGGUUCAGGGGGAGAACAAAUCUAUCAGUAAAGUGAAACUUGCAAAACCUUGUUGCUGGAUUACUAUUUUUAAGAAAGAUGAGAAAGUUUGUGGCCUGGUGUUAGUCUAUGAGACUGGAGAUGUAGAGAUCAGAUCUUUUCCAGACUUAGACUUGGUGAAAGAAAGCUCCUUAAUGUCAAUUUUAAGGUGGAAUUUCAAGGCAAACAUGGGAAAGACAAUGAGUUCUACAGACAAUGGGCUGAUUACACUGGCAAAUGGGUGUGAAUUGGCUUUCAUCACUCUGUUAGCAUGCAAAAAUAGUUUCAGGAUUCCAGAAUCUUUGCCUUCUCUUCAUGAUAACGUGCUUGCAGCUGCGGCAGAGGCUGCCAUUAGUUUUUCUUUCAAUCAGAAGAAAAAACAGGGUACUGCCCCAAGGAUUCUAGGCAGUAUUGUGAAGGGUUUCAAGGGGGGAAAAGUGAACCAUACAAAUGAUGGUACUCUUGCUUCUACAUCUAACUAUAGUCAUCUAGAGGGUGUCUUUUCGAGGAACCCAUUCCCAGAUCCAUCUUCAAUCAUGAUGGAUAAUCCGGAAGCUACUGAACUUAAUAUAGAUGACAUUGAAAUUGAUGAACCAGUGUCCUUGGCAUCUACUUCAACAAAUAAACCACAAAGAAAUCAGAGAGAAAAGGAUGGUGAAAGAGAAAAAUUACUUGAUGGUGCAAGUGCUGAUAUACAGCCCAGACGUAGAACACCUGAAGAAAUUAUGGCUACAUAUAGAAAAGCUGGGGAUGCCUCUUCAGCGGCUGGACAAGCAAGAAACAAGCUUCUAGAGCGCCAAGAAAAACUUGAGAGGAUUAGCAGGCGAACUGAAGAAUUGCAAAGUGGAGCUGAAGACUUUGCGUCACUGGCAAAUGAACUUGUAAAGGCUAUGGAAAGCCGGAAAUGGUGGCAGAUAUGAAUACUGAUUUAGUAUGUUGUUUUCUUUGUUUGAAUUCCUUGUCUAUUGUGAUUUGUCCUGCUUGAUGAUCGGGGGAGGCUUCAUUGAAGUCAGCAACUAGGACAGAACCCUAGCAGGUUCAUACAAAGGUUUUGAAUUUUUUGAGGCGUUCAGGAUCAAGACACUCAUCACAUCUCAUCAGAAAAUGAAGUAGGUUGAUUGAGUAACCACCUUGUGGAGAAUUUUGGAGCAGAGAGGCCGCUACAUUUUCUUUGUUAUACCAUUAGCAAUAUUGCUUGAUUUCUUGUAUUUGAACUUUUUUUUAUUAUUCCUCAUUGAGUUAUUA